ACCACGAUCUACGGAGACCUGAUAGGGGAGAAAGCACAAAAAACUCCCGGAAAGAAGCUGAAUUAGUGAUGUGCAUCAAUAUAUACGUAGUACAAAGUACAACGCUCCACCUGUGCAGGUGUGUUUGAGGGAAGUUCUGAUUUAGAGGAAGUCCUCAAAGACACCUGGACUUCAGACUAAAAGCACUAACGAAUGAUUGUAGCACUUGAAUUGUUCGUAUUGUGGCUCUUAUCUGUAGUUUAAGUUGUAAAUCGGCUAAUUUAACGAAAGUGCACCUCCCUGUUUCUUGUUCUUCUGGGUUUGUUUCUUUGUAGUCGCUUUGGAUAAAAGCUAAAGGACUUGUAAUGUGACUCAGCAGAAUAAAAGACCAAAGACAACAAGAACACUUGAGAAGAAGAAGGAAGGUUCCUCACUGAGUGAGAGGAAGGGAAGUGAAGUCGCCACGAUAAGAGCUGAUCUAAUUAUCUAAUGCUAAGGAAAGGAGCUUCAAUGCUUCCUUACUUAGCUCCUUUAGGAACUACGGACCUCCUUUGUGAAAGGAAGAUUAUUCCGUCCCACGAUUUCUUGCAGCGGCAAUAUUUAAAUUUGUGUCUCUGUGACGGUGGAGUCCGAUUCCCUCAACACGCCGCUGUCUUUUCCUAACUGCUCAUCACCUCUCCUAACCAUCUUUCCUUGACAUUUCCCACCGUCAAGGAAAGGUGGUUAGGAAUAGACGUUAGGAGGCCAUCUUUUGACAAUUCUAAUCCAUCUUAGUUGUUGUCUGACCCUCGUUGACAUUUUACAAACAAAAGUCACGAUGACGAGAAGGGAGCAGGACGAAAAGUUUGAUGAACAGAUGAAUCAUUUUGUUUAUUGAAGGGUGGAUUCACUGUUUGUUCAAUGUUCCAACUUUGUCUGCAAACGCAGAAUAAAACCCAGAUCAGAGAGUGAAUCCUUUUAGGAGCAUUUAAACCUGAAUGUAGAGUUUAAACCGACAACAGAUGACGAUUUAAUAACUAAACUACAGCGAUUGGUUGAUUUACUCAUUUAUUAAAUACAACAAUCUGUAUCUCUCAUAUAUAUAUAUCAUUUAUAACAAUAAAUAUUAGCCAUAUUUGAUAUCACACACACUUUUUAUGUUUAAAUGUAGAAAUGAAACAUGUUCUGUCGUCACGUCUGAAACUUGUAUUAAUCUUUUCCAGUGUAAAUGUCCUCUCAGUGUCCUGUGUUCCACUUUGAUGGAAACGAGGCUUUGGGAUCCUGGUCUCUGACCCACAUGCUCCACACUGAAGAACUUUGGGAUUCGUUGAGUUACAGUGUAGCGGUUUUAAUAAGAAAUGGAGGUUGUGACUGAGGGACCCAAGUUUCCACCGUCCAGUUUGCUGCAGCUCGAGGACCAUGAAUGAAGGACAAACACGCGUCUUACACAUUUCAACACGGGGCGUAGUCGCCUCUCAUUGGUUAAAAUAGGUCACUCGCCCGCUGCGUCUCCUCUGACCUGCUUUUCUGCAGACUUCCUCUCACACAAGAACAAACAUUCUCCCACUCGGUGGCACCUUCCACCACAACUGGGACACACAAUCGAACCCUCGAGCAGAUGUGCAACUCAUCUUGUUUCCAUUUCACAGUUUGUUUCAUGGUUUUUACUUCAGAGCGUGAGAACCAGAGGAGGCUGUGAAGGUUCUUUAAAAUGUCUUCAUCUGUCUUCUAUUAUUCUGUACUGAUUCAGCUGAGCUGUAAGUGAGGUCAUCAUCUAUUCACUCUUAUUUGUGCCAUAAAGCUUCGAUUAGGACUCCAGUCCAUCAACAACAUCCUUAGAUACACAGAUGUGUGUCUUUUUGCUACAAACUAAAGGACUUGUUUGUAGUGUUUCUUUUUCUUCUAAAUACUGAAAGAUGAAUCGCUUUGCUGAUCUCUUUAGGUUUUAAAGCACUGAUGGCUGAAUGUUGGUGUCCAUGUUCUCUUCACAGCAGAAUAAGAAGACGAUGAACGACUCUGGGGACCAAAUGUUCUACAACGACAGCGACGACGACUACUGGACAAAACUGGUUGAACCCUGCGAGGACCAGAAGAACACCAACAUGGAGCUGGUGGUCGGUCCGUACGUCCACUCCAUCAUCUGCAUCCUGGGCCUGGUGGGUAACAGCCUGGUGAUCGUCACCUACGCCUUCUACAAGAGGACCAAGUCCAUGACAGACGUGUACCUGCUGAACGUGGCCGUGGCAGACUUCCUGUUCGUGGCGUCGCUGCCCCUCAUCGUCUACAAUGAGCUGUCCUCGUGGUCCAUGGGGCCGGUCGCCUGCAAGCUGCUGCGCGGCUCCUACAGCAUGAACCUGUACGGCGGCAUGCUGCUGCUGGCCUGCGUCGGCGCAGACCGCUACGUGGCCAUCGUCCAGGCCCGCCGCAGCUUCCGGCUGCGCUCGCUGCGGUACAGCCGCCUGAUCUGCGGCACCGUGUGGUCGGCGGCGCUGCUGCUGUCCUUGCCCACUUUCUACUUCUACCACCGGUACGAGCCGUUGCACAUCGGCGCCUCCGUGGAGGCCAACCGUACCGCCGAGCCACCGCAUUACGUCUGCGAGUUGUGGUUUGCGGACAACUUCACGGCCCGGACGACCAAGGUUGCAGUGCCGGGAACCCAGCUGGCAGUGGGCUUCUUCCUGCCGCUGCUGGUCAUGGUUCUCUGCUACGGCGCCAUCAUCGUCAAGCUGACGAAGGCCAGGAACUUCCAGCGGCACAAGGCGGUGCGUGUGGUGCUGGUCGUGGUGCUGGUGUUUGUGGUGUGCCACCUGCCCUACAACGUCACGCUGCUGUACGAGACGGCCGGAAUGUUCCAGGAGGGCUCCUGCGAGGGGUCAGACGUGCUGCAGGCGGCCAAGACGCUGACGCAGACCCUUGCCUACCUGCACUGCUGCCUGAAUCCGGUUCUGUACGCCUUCGUCGGGGUGAAGUUCAGGAACCAUUUCAGGAGGCUCGUCAUGGACCUCUGGUGUCUGGGCAAGAGAUACAUCGGUCCACGCCGUUUCUCCAGAGUCACGUCAGAGAUCUACGUGUCCACCCGACGCUCGGUGGACGAAUGCAGUGACAACGGGUCUUCAUUCACCAUGUGAGACCAGAACUCCUCCCAGGAUCCGGACACCCUGAAGACCCUGAGACCCAAAACACAAAGACUUCGAGACCCAAAGAAUCAAAAACCAAGAAUCAAGGACAGACCCAAAGACUCAAAUCUCCAAAGAAUCAAAGUCCACACGUUGGAGUGAUGCUUUCUGUGAGCGGCCACGAUAAAAGCUGUAAGGAAAGGAGCUUUAAUGCUUCCUUACUUGGAUCCUUUAACAUAGGAACCACCCGACCUUCCUUUACAAAAGGAAAGGAGAUAAUUCUGUCCCACAAUUCCUAACAUUUAAAUGUUGCUGCUGCAGACUGACGUCACUAACAUGCGUUUCCCGUCCAUCAGAACUACGUAGCUUAGUGGAAAUGAAGUUGGAUUUUCAAAACCCUGCGUUGUUUUUUCAUAAAUUCUCUUCUUUCCUUGACCCUGUGACGUCUUCCAAAGAGGUCAGGCAAUAGUGGUUAGAAAUAGACGUUAGGAGGACACAUUUGGACUAAUCGAAUCGGGCCGAAGAACGAUGCAACAUUCUACAUUCCGGACCGGCAGUGUUUUUAUUGUCUUAUUCAAAUGAUCAGCCUGUCAAACAACGAUUGAUGAUGAAGUAUUCCGCCACACCGGUUUUCCUGCUCAGGUUUCUUUGUGAGAAGUGUCUUCUGAUUGACAACACAAACAACUGUGAUGUGUAUUUGAGGUUUUGUCAGAUCUUCCUGCUCCUUUAAGGGAGAAGGAACCAUCCCUUUGAGUCAUUUGGCUUGUGUUGAUGAUUUCAGUAUUCUUUAUGAUUUUUCUAUAUUCUAGUUAGUGAUGAAUCAAGAAAGAGUUUAAAAUACUUUUGAUUUCUUUAUCCGCUAAUUUCCACCACAAAGUAGGCGACGAGGACGGGAUGGACGAUCUGGACUUUGUCGGACGCAGAAAAGGCCAUUUCCUUUAGAGGAUUCCUCCCCGAGGGCGAGAAGCUGCCGUCCUGAAAAAUCCAGAUUCCAGUUCAAGAGAAGAAGCGAAGGACACGCAGUGAGAGAUCCAUCACAAGCAAAGGCUUUUAGGCCCGUCGCACAACUCGGUCAUCGUUGGUCAUUUUUCAGUUGAAUUCUGGUGAUUCAUUGGUUAAAUUUCCACCGCAGACAUGAGGAACCUUCAAAAUAAAAUACAGGAACUGCUUUCAAAAAGAAGGUUUCAUUUUAAGGAGCAGUUGUUUCCUUACAGCUUCAGUUCUUUGUGUUCUGGUCCACGGAGACUUUUUAAUUAAUCACAAGGUUUAAAACCAGCUGAGAGGUUUUAGGUCAUUUACAUUUGAAUAUUUGUCUCUGUAACAUCCAGUGAUUUUUAAGUCUUUAUUCUUUUCACACCUGUUUGUUGUGACGUUUGUGAACUUCUAUUACGUCAAAACUGCUGAAUGUAAUAAAAUGGUCGUUUCUGUGUGACAAAAUAAAAAAAGCAUAAUUCUUCCCAAAACUUUA